GCAUGCUAUACUAUACUGGUUAGUUACACACAUCAUUUUUGAACUCUGUGGAAUGCCAAGCUCGCGACAGCGCUGCCGGUCUUUUGGAUUGAUAACCUCAAAGAAAAUGUCUCUAUGACCUCGUGAAUGCCUCUGGAAAUCUCCCUAGGACAUAAACCAUCUCGCACUGUGUACAAUUUCAUGUACAUGGUUUGUUGUUUUGGCCAAAUAUGUCAACGAGCACAGACAACGGCGACAUAGCAAAGCAAGUACUGUCACAAUGCAGUGAAUGGGUAAAUAAAAUGGCCGGUGUGACAGCGUACUUCUUGGCCGCACUGCGGUCCGGAGAAAUCGACAUUUUAGACAUUUUCCUGAUCGGAUGGGUUGUUCUUGCUGCUGUAGUUGUUGUGACAGUAUCUUGGCUCAACCCAGGACAGAAAAACAAGGGCCAGGGAGGCGCUGUUCGGGGCAGAGAUGCCAACGACGGGUCAGUGCGAGGAAGUCCGGGGAAAGGUAGCUGGAGUGAGACGUCGUCGGGGCAGACGCCGGGCAAUGCAGGCGAUGCAGCCGGUGUGGAGACGUGUCGGUGGGUCAACUCGCUGGUCGCAUGGAUGUAUAUGCACCAAUCACAAGCACCUGGACAGUUAUUAACAGCUUGGUUAAAAGCUCUAAAUGAACAGACAAGAAAACGAGGGAGUUCUGUGCAGGUGACCUUUGACCGACUGAAGGCUGGUAGUCUGCCUCCUAAAUUCAGUGCAAUUAAAGCCGAGGCAGGACCCAGAGAUUUCCUGACAGUGGCAUGCCAGGUAGAAGCAGCAGGAGUUUCCUUUGUCAUCUUUGCUACUCAGCAAACAGCGAGUAGCGUCAAACUCUCAACGUGUGAUGUUUCCAUUGAAAAUCUCAUUGGAAAGCUUAAAUUGCAGGUGCAGUGCAAAGUGCAAUGUCUGUCGGAUGAACUACUCCAGGUUAAUGCAGCGUUUGAUAGUAAACCUGAUCUGUCUCUUACCGUUAGGCCUCAGACAUCUAGUAAGAAUGACCCUGUUGACCUCAUGCUGGUGGAGGAGAUUGUCCGAGGUGCCAUCAUGGGGGCAAUGACCUCAGUUGACCUUUCCACUAAGACGGUACCUAGGGAGGUACUGACCCCAACCUCAGCGCAGUUCACCAUGUCACAGCGGACGGCAUUCCAACCAUCUAGCUCUUAUAGUGGACGAUGUCCAAUCAGGACCAAUGCCAAUGUGCGCAGUAAACCAAUGACUAGCACACCAAUGGGACGAACACUUACACCCGCAGAUAGGAGACUUCUUGUCAAAGUGAUUAAAGCAAACGGUCUUCGUGAACGGGAUGGUAUGAGUGCUAGUGAUCCCUACUGUGUAGUAACUAUAGAUCAGCCAGGACAGAAACAUAAGACUAACAUCAUACGUAAUACUGUCAAUCCAUUCUGGGAUGAACACUUCUUAUUUGAAUUGAAUAACCAAUCCAGUGAGCUGAGAUUUGAAGUGUACGACAGGGAUCGAAUGCUACGAGGCAUUCAGUUUGUGAAUCGAAAUGAAUUUCUCGGUGAGGCAGUGAUCUUUCUAGACUCGUUGGAACGGAAUCCGAGUAGCCGACAAAUUAUCCCACUACAGGGCCGACUUAGCGAGAGUGAUAACAUCAAAGGAUCGUUAACGGUGGAGUUCGUGUUCUCACUUUCUCCGGAGGAAACCGAGGCAGAAAUGUUAAAUAGGUUUGUCUUUUGUUCUCAAGACCUCUCUCCAGACCCAUCAGCUAAGGAAAGGUUCCUAUUCCCUGGAGACAGAGGCUGGGAUGAAUCUACUGAAGGGUUCUUAUUCAUGGAGCCAGCUGACCAGGUAUGGAUGGAUAACUCUGGCUUCAUGCCACGUCAUCCUGCGUCACCAACAAAGCGCAUCGAGACUCAACGAUCUGUUGCCCCCGAUGGUACGGUGAUCACAACGGUGACAACGACAACGGCACGACCCAAACAGCUGACUGAUAGACGGGGUCCGAGCAGCAACGAAAUGCCUACACGUGUAUUGACCACAUCGUCGGUCUUACCUGAGCCUCAGAUGGCAAUGUUUACUGAUGCCCCACCUCCUGGUGCUAUAGAGAUGACUGCUAUGCAACAACAUCAUAAUAGCUCUACCAUGACCGAUCCAGAAUUGAUGACAGUUUCUAGUGGCCCCGCGUCUGUGGCAGAGACUGCUAUCAAGCAUCUUGCAGAGAGCUCCAAGGAUGAAAGGCCGAGGACACCAACCAAGAAAAGCACCCUUAUUAUUCAUGGGGUGGCACAGGAUUCCGAAGGGCAGAAGACUCCAACAGAAGACUUCAUCAUGACUGAUGAUCCCUUGGAUCCUAAAGAGGGCAGCUUAAAAAGAGAUUCAUCUCCAAGAGGAAGCAAGCGUCUCUUCAAACUCUUCAAGAAGAAGGACAAGGACAAGAGACGAAGCAGCAGCGAGAGUCCGUCAGUUAAUGGUUCAGAAACGCCUCAACAGGGUCACAAGCCUAGGUCAAACACCCUGGAUGUACCUGGUGGGGGUAGUAGGAGCAGAGAAUCCUCACCAAGUCGCGCUAAGAAGCGAGUGUUGAGCUUCUUAAAGAAGGACAAGAAAGACAAGGGGCGUGCCUAUAGCUCCAGCAGCGACUUACAGAAUGGGGCGGAGCCACGCCUUGGUGAUUCCCCGUCCCCGACCACACCCAGUAGCACCGGGAGUAGUUUAUCGGUCCCCGGUGGGGGUAGAUCAUCAAGUACUGGGGACCUGAAAGGAAACAAGUUGACUGAUGAGCAGAGACGGUUAUCGGAUACAAGGCAGGGGAAGGAAGAGCCCAUUGGAUCACCGGUCUGACAUGGCUAAGAUUCUAUCCUGUUCAGCCAUUAUGGAAGCCGUCUUGGAUAGGUUGAAAAUCCUGAGCUUUGACCCGAUUGCAGUGAGUUUACAACAAUAAGGUAAACAACUUUAAAGGUAAACAUCCUAUAGUCUACAUCCAAGAAGCAUACAUUAGGUUAACAGCAGAAAUGAAGUCAGUUUCCCAAAGGUCAAAGCUUUCAUUUUGACCCUAAUACUUGGAAGAGCACUGGUGUACCAUUACAAAGAGAAACAAACAAGAAUGCAACAGCAGCACAAGAAAGCUACAUCUAUAAGCUUUUUGAGAUGGCGGACACAAUGCUACAACACUAUUAGGUUUGGGUAAAUUUGUGUGCAUACACCCAAACCAAACAGUGCACUCCUAUCACAUCCUCCAUACCUCAAAAAGGCUUAUUGUUUAUGGAGACACUGUUGCUCAAAAAUGUUUUACUCAUUUGUGACUAAUGGUUAACUGCAUACCAGCGACGGGAUUCGAACGUGGUCUGAUGUUUUAUAUAUAAUGUAGAUUGUAUUUAGUAAUGUUAUUGCUGUGCAAUAUGAUCCCCCCCUCCAUUUAAAACAAACUUUAAAAAUUAGUAUUUUUUACGAUUUUCAAUACAAAAUUGAUUUUUAUGGAAAUUGGUCAGACUAGUUGGAUUCGAACCUCGGUCCUCUUACUUGGUUUGUAUUGGUUGCUGUUUAUUAAUAGCAGUUGUUGAAUCUAAAGACAAAUACAACAAGUGAGGGUAGAACCUUCAACCAGUGAAACAGUAUCUUGGGAAAAUUGACUAAAAUUCUGGUAAACACAAUAAUUUGCUAAGCAAUGAAAGGGUGCUUAUAAGAAACAGGGUACCAACUAUAAUGUUGGAUUACUGCUUGGGACUAGUUAACUGUUGCGUUUACAUGGGAAGUACAAAAGAUCAAACAGUUGAAAUGGGUUACCAUCCAUAUGCCAUUAUAGUGUGCAUUGUUUUUCACUGGUUCCUCGUCGCUGGCUUCCUAUAGACCGUAUUGAAUAUGAUGUCACGCGGCUCAAAUAUCUGACCUACAAGAUAGCAUCUGUG